UAGAACUCACAGUGAAGAACAGGGUAGUCUCAAACUAGUGUUGAUCCUCUUGCCUCAGCUUUCAUCUGAGUGCUGGGAUUAUAGAAAUAAGUAACCACACCUAGCAUAUUACUGCACUUAGAUAUCUAUCUUGGAUAUAGAUUGUGACAUUUUGUAGUUUAUAAUUUCUUUUCUUGGUCAACUUAAUGCUAUUGUCUCUGCCACUGGGUAGUGUGAUACCUGAUGGAGAAGCCAGGGCAAGUGCUCCAUUUAGAAUUUCCAGGGAGUAGAUAUAAGUUUAGUUUACCACUUUUUUUUUUUUUUUUGGUUUUUUGAGACAGGGUUUCUCUGUGUAGUUUUGGUUCCCAUCCUGGAUCUCACUCUGUAGACCAGGUUGGCCUCGAACUCACAGAAAUCCGCCUGGCUCUGCCUCCCAAGUACUGGGAUUAAAGGCGUGCACCACCACUGCCCGGCUUAGUUUACCCUUUGAGGGUGAUGUGGUGAUGAUAUUUCACAAGCAUUGUGGUUGAUGCAGCAUCUGUACAAACAUGGUCUUUUUGACAUCUUCUUCAGCACAAGAACAGUUAUCAAUUACAGUAAUGAUGUUGCCAGUGACUAGUGGGGCUGAAACACAGUAAACUGGUCACAACCAGAUUCUCAUAUACACAGUGCAGUCACACAGGAUCAUGAGAGAUGGAACUCUUAACUCUGGAGUUAUGACAUUGCUAGACUUAUUGACAAAGAACCCCAAAUUUCUCAUUUGAAUUGGUAAAUUGACUAUCUGCGUCUAUUUCUAUUUUCUAUAUGAACUUCAAUACAUGGUAGGACAGAUAUAAAUACAAAACACCAGAGACUGUGAGAGGGGAUGGCAGAAGUAAGUCAUGUCUGGAAAGAGCUGCAAAGCAGCUAAGUAAGGGGUAAGAGACUAGACUAGGUUGAGUAGAAAAGGUUGGCAGUUAAGUGUUUGUAGAAGUGGUGUGAAGGCCGACAAGGGACAAGGGACAAGUAGAACUUACUUUAUGUCCUUCUGGGAGUCAGGUAUUGGAGGGAGUCUGUCUGAGAGUCAGGCUUUGGAGGAGUCUGGAGUCAGGCAUUGGAGGGAGUCUGGAGUCAGGUAUUGGAGGGAGUCUGUCUGGGAGUCAGGCUUUGGAGGAGUCUGGAGUCAGGCACUGGAGGGAGUCUGGAGUCAGGCACUGGAGGGAGUCUGGAGUCAGGCACUGGAGGGAGUCCGGAGUCAGGCAUUGGAGGGAGUCUGGAAUCAGGCAUUGGAGGGAGUCUGGAGUCAGGCACUGGAGGGAGUCUGGAGUCAGGCAUUGGAGGGAGUCUGGAGUCAGGCAUUGGAGGAGUCUGGAGUCAGGCAUUGGAGGAGUCUGGAGUCAGGCAUUGGAGGGAGUCUGGAGUCAGGCAUUGGAGGAGUCUGGAAUCAGGCAUUGGAGGAGUCUGGAAUCAGGCAUUGGAGGAGUCUGGAGUCAGGCUUUGGAGGGAGUCUGGAGUCAGGCAUUGGAGGAGUCUGGAGUCAGGCAUUGGAGGAGUCUGGAGUCAGGCAUUGGAGGAGUCUGGAAUCAGGCAUUGGAGGAGUCUGGAAUCAGGCAUUGGAGGAGUCUGGAGUCAGGCAUUGGAGGAGUCUGGAAUCAGGCAUUGGAGGAGUCUGGAGUCAGGCAUUGGAGGAGUCUGGAAUCAGGCAUUGGAGGAGUCUGGAGUCAGGCUUUGGAGGGAGUCUGGAGUCAGGCAUUGGAGGAGUCUGGAGUCAGGCAUUGGAGGAGUCUGGAGUCAGGCAUUGGAGGAGUCUGGAAUCAGGCAUUGGAGGAGUCUGGAAUCAGGCAUUGGAGGAGUCUGGAGUCAGGCAUUGGAGGGAGUCUGGAUUUCUGAAGGAUUCAUAUUUUUUCAUGCAUCUUCGGAUACAUUCUCUUAACCAGAUGACAAGAAGGAAUAUUCCUUAGAAGAUAAGGAGAACAGUGGCUACCCCUAAGAAGCCAAAACUCCUUUGAGCAAAGAAACCGUGUGUAUGGAAUCUGAACCUCCACAUACUAAGGGGUCCUGCCGCUGACAGGCCAUGCUAGAAGUACCAGAGCAGUACCAAAAAGCUCCUCUAAAACCUCUUCGAGCAUAAGGGGAAGGGAAGAAGGUCAACAGCUACUUCUCAGAUGAUGUCUGAAGUGAAAAGUGGGAGAAGCUUGCUUUAGAGACGUGUGAUACACAAGACAGCAUGCAGAACACCACAUGGAAUUCUGAAUGCAAGAAAAGCCUUCCUUUUAGAACAAGAAGCAGCGUAUGUGUGGGGAGUUUAAUGUAAAAUACACACAUGCAGUCCAUCAUCAUCUUAGCUGGGUUACAUUCUGGACUUUCUACUGUAUGCUCAGAAAAAAUAGUGACUGGGAGCUGGUCUGGUACACAGGACAGUCUGUAUCGUUCCUGAUUGGCAAAGAGAACGAACUAUCGUACUUUUUUCUGUCCAUGGAAACAUUCUUUGUAUUAGAGGUAAUAGAAGAAUCCCGGAGUAGAGAAGAGUAACAAGUUGUGCAGAUGAGAUGUGUGCCAAGAAGCUACAAAAUACAAUUCUCCAGGAACAGUAACUUUAAUUCAAAGAGAUUUAAGAAAUGAUGUGGUUGAACUCAGAAGAAUAAUGAAAAAAUGGAAAAAGUGGCGUAAGAUUUUUUUUAAGUUUCUAAUAGGUAGGACACUAGAUUCGACAUCUUAAAGAGAAGAUUCACAUUCAGAAUUCUUGAUUCAAAGCCUUGGGAAACAGUAGAUUGGUUACUCAAAGUCUGGUUUAUGAGCAUUUAGGAAUAAAAUUGGUGAUGACUUGGAAAUUCCACUAUAACAUCUCCAGAUUCUUCUUAUUGCUAUUAUUUUCAAAUAUUUUUAUUAAAUCACAAGAAAUUAUGAAGGAAGUUCUUUAGACAGGGUUUUAACAUUUCUCAUAUGUAAUUCUGGUGGAUAAGAGAGGGGCUGUGAGAGUAUGGUUGGAUGGAGGGAGCCAGCUUUGAUUGAAAAGCUGUCUCCACAGUAGAGUAACCAGAUGAACACCAGAAUAAGGAAAGCACACAAUGUGAAUUGGGAUUUACUCCUUGUCUUGUCUGAGUAGGUAUAAUCAAAUAUAAGGCCCCAAAAUUUCAAGUGACAAGACACUUGAAUGGGGGCUUAAUAUAAAGAGUGACAGAAUCAAGAUCAAAGAGAAUGUGACCAAAUGGAAUAAUAGAGUACGUGGUUAGGAUGAGAUUAACAAGUUUGGAUUUAAUUGGAUGUAAUUCAUGUUGUUAUAGUGAAUGGAAUUUGAAACCAAUUUUUUAGGAUGGUUCAUCAAGAAGUCUUACAAUACUAUAGUCUUGGGUCAGAUCAUCAUGUUCUUACCCAGACAGGCCUGGAACUCAUGAUCCUUCUGCCUCGACAUCCCAGUUGCUGAGAUUAUAGGCAUUGCAUAUCACGCCUUGCUUGCGAUUUUUUUUCUGAUGUUGAGCAACUGACCAUUAUCUACUUCCUAAAAUGCUGAGGUUGUAAAUCAUUAGCUGUUAGGUAUAGUGUCUUCAGGAGAGUGAGACCUCACUGCAGUUAGUUCCAGGACCUCCUUCACUGAGUCAGCAUGCAAAUAUUCUGAAUCCUAGAGACAGUUUUAGGUCAUAAUUCUAAGAAAUACAUUCUAUGGGAAGGAUGGUGGAGGGAGAUGCGUGCAAAGGAAACACAGAGAAAGCUUGCCAGCCCACAGAGCUGUGAUUGGACUGGAGUAAAUGCAACCACAAUGACAUACAGGGGUUUCUUUCAAUGAAUAAAGGCAGAAGAAGGAAGUAGGUGUAGGGGAUGGAAUGUACCUCAGUUGUCAGUGUGCUUGUCUAGCAGGCAUGAAGCCCAAGUUUGAUCACCAGCACUUCAGAAAAGUGGGUAUGGUUGUUGUACAUGCCUGAAGUCCCAGCAACCAGAAGGAGUCGGAAGUUAGGUCCUUCUUAUUGGCAUAGCAAACUUGAAGCCAGUCUGGACUACAUGAGACCCUGUUUCAAUAGAAGGCCUUAGUGAUGGGCCAAGGAUACAACACAGCUUUGUUGUGGUUUGGCCAGAGCCUGAGUUUAGACUUUCAGUGAAAACCAAAGCGUUCACAAAUCCUUCUAUGGGCAAAUCAGUUAGAUUCGAGUGGGAAGAGUUUCCUUUGCUGUGUAUCCUUGAUGGGGCUACAAAUCAGGCCCCCUUACCUUUCACUAAUGAGUGUGGGCAAGUGGCCCCAGUUGCUGACGGGACAAUCUGAAUUUUGAAUGUCAACAGAGCAGGAUGCAAGGAUGGGUGAGUGUAGUAAAGGCACCUUUACCUCAUUUCUCAGCUCUCUAAGAGGGCCUUUAUGGAUCUGACUUUUCCGAACCUGCUUCGUCUGCUGUUUUGAUUAUUCAGCCUUCUAAGGAAGUAACUUUUUGCCAGGAGAAAAGACAUUUAGCCACAUUUUGAGCUUUAAACAUGCUAAGAAUGAAAACAGACCUCAAGUUCCUUUCCGAAAAAAAAAAAAAAAUCUGACCUCUUGUCUGAGCACUCUGGGAACCCACCUCGGGGAUGCCAUUCUCACUAAAUCAUCUGGACACACUUGUACAUCAUCAUCGAUGGUGCUGUGUGAUAUGAAUGAUUAGUUUCUAUAUAGCACUCUUGCUUUCUUAUGAAUUAAAUCAGAUCCAAGGGGACUUUUACAAUAAAAUUAUUCACACUCCAAAUUCAUUGCAAGUCGCUUUUUCUCAAGUGGAAGGUCUGAAGAAGCCGGUAACGCCUGACUUUGUUCACAGUGUGGUGAAGGCUGGUACCCAUGUGUCACGAUGCCGUCUCUCAGGCACAUUGGCCACCCCUCUGGAUAUUUUAUUUUGCUGUUUGUCCUUUCUUCUUGCCUCCUCCCUUUCUCCACUGCCUCCACCUUUCCUCAUUUCCUUCCUUAUUUGAUUUGACACAUCACUAGCCAAGGAUGGUUGACCUUGAACUUUCCAUCCUCCGCCUUCCCUUACCCCAGGUGCUGCAUUGCCAUGCCUAGCCUGCUCUGGCUGUUUUCAGCAGCAUAAAGAAGCCAUCAGUUUUUGUUAAAAAGCCAUGUCACAUGAGCAAGACUACUUGUAGUGAUGUAGUGAUCUAAAUUCUAUCUCGGCAUAAAUCUUUGCCGUCCAAUCUUGACACCAGAUAAUUGGACCACAGUAUUUGAGCUUGUGGUAAAAAUUACGACAUACAUUCUAAUGUAUGUCAUAUUCUAAUAUGUUGCCCUCAGUGAUGUUUUUCUUUUAAAAGACACAUUAAAAGAAGUAACAAAUGGUUAGUACAUACAAUGCAAAUAUUUCUGAGGAUACUGCCUGCCAUAUUUUGAAUAAAGGACACAUUUCCUAUGUAGAUGCUGCGAUGAUCCCUGAGUAUAUGUGAAGAUGAGAACAGAUAUGGCCUCUGCAUGGAUGGAGAAACAGACUAUUAUUAUUAUAUAUCAGAAGUCACUAUGAAGAAAAAGCAUGCCCAGUUCCAUGUAUACAUUGAUGCACGGCUCUUGUCAGCCUAGGAGUAAUUUUCUGGAAUCUGAAGGAUUGUGUAGAUGAAGAAGUAGUCCUACAGCCUAGGGACAGCAGAGAGCCAGGCAGACAUUGCUGGGUGUGUGGAUGUCACUGGCCUGUUUUGUCCUGCUUUGCUCUUGUAUCCCGUUUGGAAUCUGGAAAGGUUGCAUAUUUUUUUUUUACAUUGUGAAAUUCAUGUGAGACAGAAAGAAUCUCCUUUGUCAGUUUCCUGAAACAUAGAAUAAUUCAUUUUCUUCCCUAGGAACAUUCUCUUCUAAGCUUGAAUUUAAAUCUUUCCCUAAUUGAUCUGUUUUGUAAAUUUGGUUACUAUGACAAUAAAUUGAUUCACUUCAAAAGCUAUUAACAACA